AUGCACACACCACAACUGAGAUUGGUUUAUGCCAGCUGUCAACAUGAGGCCUCGCCUCAACGCAAACGUGAAAUGAUGACUGGAAACACAACCCUUGAACUCCUUCAACUCUCUAGCAGACUCCUAUUAAUAGGCAGAUGCACAGCCAACAACUACUACGAUUCAGCCGCGCGGGGCUGGACAAGCUUAAGCGACCGUUUACUGCGUACCCGUAGUGGUUCAAAGUCAAUUACGGCGGUGUUAAUAAAUGGAUGCUCGGAGUUGUCAGUUUUAACUACUGGUCAAUGCCGGAAAACAAGCAACUAUGGACCCCUGCGCAUCCGUCAUGUUAAGCGAAGACUAAUCAACACCUCUAUCAAUAUCUAUUAUUGA